CCCGCGGGCGCGCGGUGGUGACGUGCGGGGACCGCGACGCUUUUGAGAAACUGACCGGUGGGGUUCCGGUGACUGACCAGUGCGGUCCCGAGCGCCAUGGCCUCCGCCGGGGUGGCCGCCGGGCGACAGGCCGAGGAUGCGUUACCGCCGCCGGCCGAGCCGCCGCUGCCCGAGACGAAGCCGCUGCCGCCUUCGCAGCCGCCGCCUCCGGUCGCCGCGCCUCAGCCUCAGCAGUCGCCGGCGCCGAGGCCUCAGUCACCCGCCGGCGUGAAGGAGGAGGAGAAUUACUCCUUUUUACCUUUGGUUCACAACAUCAUCAAAUGUAUGGACAAGGACAGCCCAGACGUCCACCAGGACCUGAACGCCCUGAAGACCAAGUUCCAGGAGAUGCGCAAGGUCAUCAGCACCAUGCCGGGCACCCAGCUGAGUCCCGAGCAGCAGCUGCAGCAGCUGCAGCGCCUGCGGGAGCAAGUCCGGACCAAGAACGAGCUGCUGCAGAAGUACAAGAGCCUCUGCAUGUUUGAGAUCCCCAAGGACUAGACCAGCGCGGCUCCCGGGAAUGCUCGAGAAAGAAGGGGGGAGCGCGCGGCCUCACUGUCUCCCCCCGCCCCACCACCUCGGCCUGUGCUUCCUUGGGACUCCAGCUGCGAACUCUGUAACCGGAGCGGCUUCUGUCGCUGACCUUGGCGUUGACCGUGUGGGGACGCAGCGCGCAGGCUUGGCUUUGUUGGGGCCUCCUCGUAGCCCAUGCAUCCAUAUGUCCAAAUGCGUAAUUACUCCAGUGCCUGCUGGUGGAAGGAAGAAUGUUCCUGGAGGCUGGGGAGGGGCAGGGGAUGCUUCCCUGCUUCUGGGGAGGGGGCCAUCUGCUGUGUGUUCUGGCCCCGCGGGCGGGCAGAGUGCAGGAGGAAAGGAGGCGGCUGCUCUUCGCUUCGUGCCCUCCCCCCCUCCCUCCGCUCCCACCCCUGGGUAUGCUCGGUGCUGCGCGCCAGGUACACACUGUUCUCUUGACAGCAGUGUCAUGAAACAUUUGCAUAGAAUUCACCAGACCGAUUGGGGCUGCACUCCUAUGGCGUAGAUUUCAAAUGGUAAAAGAAAACUGUGGGGGAACGAAUAUUGUUUUGAAAGACGGCAGGGUGGCUUCCUCCUUCCGCCCUCCCAUCCCCUGAAACACUUUGUUUCAUUUUUAUGUUUGAGCCAGUGAAUGUAACCAUGUCUUUGGGGAUAUCAACCCAGAGCCCCGGGGGGCGGCCCCUGUCUCCAGCUUCUCUCCCACCUGCGUGUUCUUGUUACUUUCAGCUCUUGCUCCCUUUGUCUCCUGCCCCCUUCAGUCCGCUUGUCCAGCCGUUUCAUGCUGGAGGAUGACCGGACCCCACACUGCUUCCCACGGGCCCAGAGGGCACCAUGGUCUCUGUGCGGGCUCACGCCGGUUCCCAGGGAAGCGGGCCUUGCCUCUUAGCGGUCCAGAUCCCCACUGUCCCGGCUUAAAAAAGGAGUUGCCCCUCUGGCCUUGUCACUAAAGAGCCAGCCACGAGCAUUCGCUGCAUCGCGGACAGAGGCGAUCGUGAUGUGCUCCGUUCGGAGAGGGGCAGCUCGAGGUGACCGUUCCGAUCACCGUCAGCCAGUGCGACAGUGCAGUUCGGGGUCUGUUCUGACGGAGCGCCGCGAGCCCCCCCUGCGAGUUCGACAGCCCGGUCUGGUUCAGGAGUGUGCAGAACGCCCUCAUGUCUUCCAGGCGGGACUCCGAUUUGCGUACUCCUCCCUUGCCUGUCAAACCGAGCUCUCUCACUCGCCUCUUCACGAUGAGGUGAGAAGUGACUGCGUAUUGUUUAGAUCUAGAAAUGGGCACAUAACCUGCGCUGACCGAGUCAGGGGCUUAACAGAUGCCCGCCGACUGACCUCGUUGGCAGCAAGGCUGCUGGAAGGUGUUUUUCGCAGGGGUUCCAUGUGUGCGGACCCACAGCCACCUGUCAGGAGAGGGCUGGUGUGGGGGGGGGCUCGGGAGGCGUGAAGGCGGGUGUCCGGUUUUAGUGGCUUUGGACAGAAGAGCGGACUCUGAACUGAAGUGGGCCGCCGCCUGAUACACCAGUCCCCCCGGGACUGUUACUUAACUGAAUCAGUUAUGUCCUUGACAUCAGAGUCGUGUGGGGGCCGGUUUUAAGGCUCCGACCCAACAUCAUGAAACGUGAAGCCGUGGAAAUACAAGACCACUGGGGCCCUUCUGCAAGCCUGAGAUGCCCGGGGCCUCGUCCCGGGGCAGAGGGAGACACAACCUUCCCUGUAUUCCAGGCCUUGGACUGGUGACAUUUUUAAAGAGUAUAAUUAAAAGAACUUAUGCUCUACUUUCAGGA